AUGGCGCCUCUUAUCCUCCACAAUGUCCCCGAUGAAGAACUUUACAUCGGCGAUGACGGCAUAAAACGCCCCUAUGCCAUGGUAUUUCCUCAACAAGACGGUCUCCCUGGCGCCAGAAAUCGCCGUGGUGCUCCAGAGACAGGCUCCUUUGGCAAAUCAACACGUCGAUCCCGCUCCCGCACCGGAACCCCCGCCCGCCGCGAAAACCCUACCGUCGCGGCCGCCGACAAGAUCUUUGGCGACUGGAUUUCUUCGCAAGCAGUAAACUCCAACCUGGCGGCACCCUCCUCCAACGCCACCGGUUCCGCAACAGCAGGUACCAAUGCAUCAUCAACCGCAGUCCCCCAACGCAAAACUUCAGGCCUCUCACAACCACCGCUUCUAGCAUCAGAUGAAGCGCCCGCCGUCGCAUCAGGACCCCGCCUCGCCCGCCACGAACCCACCGAAGUAAUCCUCCGUGGAUAUCGUUCCCCUUCUCAGCAAUACGCCGCAAUCUCCCACUACGAACAGCUCGCUGGGUUGAUCUGCGAAGACUACCCCCGCGAACCCCCUCUCGAACAGCGCCGCUACAAGUCCGAGCUACGUGACCCUGCCUUCACUCGCCGACGCGGUCUGACGCCCGAGGAGCGCGCAAAGGUCAACCGCGCAGACGGCGGCGAACACUGGGUAAAAGUCACCUUCGAAUCCGCCGAUGCCGCCGACGCAGCCAUCUACGCCAGCCCCCAACGCGUACUGGGUUACCUCGUGCACGCCGAGCCUUACAACGGGUUUGCGCCCGCGCGCGACGAGCCCAUCCCCGACGUCGACUCCCUAAUCUCAAUCCAAGAUGAGCAUAACCGCUCGCAGUCCGUCCCGGCAGGCAGCUUCGGCCGUCAUACGACCCCCCGCCAAAGGCAAAACAAGACCAACAGUGGCAAUCCCUUUGCACCCACCGCCAACCCGCGCUCCAUGAGCGACCUCUCCCCUCCCAAUUCCCUCACCUCCUCAAACACGAUCGAAACGGCCACGAUGUCCAACAUGUCCACCGCGACGGUGACAAUGACCGAUGCGCCCCCGCUGGAGCCGACCCAGUCUCUCCUGCAGACCGAAGACAGCCUCUUCUGCCGCCGCAUCCCCACGGCACGCAAGGCAAAGCUUCUCCCCGCCGAACAGGCCCUGCUCCCCCAGCAGAGCUACGCACAGCGUCUCGUCAACGCGGUGCCGUUCCUUAAGUGGUUCAGCGGCUCCAUGAUAGGGAACGAGGUGCCACGUACCGACUCGGGCGACUUCGACUGGAACCGCGCCAGCUUGUACUGGAAGGUUAUCUGGUGGCUCGACGCGACAUUCAGCCUCUUUGGGGGCGAGAUUCUGACCGCCGACAAGGACGACUGA